UAAAAGGAGUUCAAAUUUAGAUCAGAGUUUAUCACAAGACUUGCAGUAGAAGAAUAACUAGCUAAAGUUAUGAAUAAAUUUCUUUGGAGUAUAUUUAUCUACGCAGUAGUUGAAAUAAGUUCUCUAGAAUCUGCAACUCGUCCACUUAAAAUUCAACUGGAUAUUGUCCCUCAUCCCGCAGUAAUUAAAGGUGGUGCUAAAAGAAUAAUUAUAAUUGAAGCAUUCGAAGGCUCAGGUCUAUGCAGAAUAGAAUCGUCAGAAGUAAAUGAGGUGAGAUUUCAUGGGGUAACAGAAAAUUUUCAUAUAUCGGAACCGAAUAAAAAAGUUCAUAGAAUUCUCGUCGAAGCUUUUGAUAAUGGUAUUGCAAGUCAAAAGGAAACUUUCGAAAUUCUCGUUAUCUGUAAGGAAAUUGGAACAGAUAUCAUUAGAACAGCUCAGAAAGAAAUCCUAAUUUAUGAAAGUUUUGAUACGUUUGUCUCCGGUGAUCCGCAUUUUGUGCAAACUGUUUUUGACGAGGCGAACAAAGAUAGAAAACUAAUAUGUUAUGACGUUACAGGAGAAGCCGGUGAUCAUAUUGAAAUUUUAACACAAAACUCUUCGAAAACUAUCAUUAAAGGAGAAUUAAUCGAUGAUAAUUAUAUGCACUUAAUUAAAAUAACCUAUUUGGACGGAAAUAUCAUUUCAUCAACAGAGGGAACCAAAUUUAGCGAUGGCCUCUUUAUUGAUUGGUCAAAUAGGAUAGAACCACAGAAAAUUGAACGAGACACUCAUUCGAUAAUCUAUAAUGGACCUAGCAUAACAAUUGAACUAAAAAAUAUGGAUGAUAGUAUACAAAAUUUGAAUUUCACUAUAAAAAGAUUAUAUCACACGCUAACCGGAUAUUUCUUGGAUAUAAACUUUAAUCAUUUGGUUAAUUACGAAGGAUUAGGAGGUUUAUUGGGUAGAAUUGGUAAUAAUAAAUUUGUGUUCUUCGGAACAGCUGAGGAGGCAGAGGAUGAUACUGAUAGUUCCAAAAUAGCGGUUAACGUAAACGGUCAGACAAUGUUAAGUGCCCUACAAAGAGGAUGCUCAAGUCAAUUAUUAGAUAUUCAUAUUGCCAGACCAGAUCCGCCCAUAUUAAAGAGAGAUGGAUUUGGCUUGUCGAUCACAGUAGAAGCGCUACAAGGAAAAGGAAUUUGCAGAGCUAAGGUUUCUCAUCCGUCCGAAGUAAUACUUAAGGGAUGUAUUGAUAAGUUUCCUAUCUCUCGUAAUGGACUUGUAAAUAAUAUCAUUGUAGAAGCUGUUGAUAGUUAUAAAUUGGAAAGAGAUAAAAUAAUAACAGUGCAUAUUGAGUGUUUUGACGAGGUUGUAAGAGCUUACAAAACGGAAAGCGUUCAUUUCAUCCUACAGAAUAAAUAUCCUUUGUCCGGUGGAAGUCAGCAUUUUAAGCAAGUUGUUAAAGAUGAAAAAGAUAAAUCGUUAAAAAUGAUAUGCUAUGAUAUAAAUGGAAGAGAAGGCGAUCAAAUACUUAUAAUUAAACUUCAAGAUUUAGAUAUAUCUAUAUACGGAGAAUUGAUGAAUGAAUAUUUUAUGAAAGCGAUAAAAGUUAUCUCACCACAUGGUAAUAUAACAUCUGAUCGUACCGGAACUCUAUCGGAAGAUGGUUUUUCGAUGAAUUUAAACGCAUUCUAUCCGACUUACGAAGGAAUAGAUGGCCUAUUAGGGAGAAUAGGAAACAACCUGUUCAAAUUCUACAAAACUGUUCAAGAAGCAAAGGGUCGUAAAGCAAUCAUCAGCGUAAAUGGAAAUUUAUCAUUAACCUCAGUGAGGCAUAACAUAAGUAACUGUUGGUACAUGGAAGUUAAUGAUGCCCUCUUUCCAUAUAGAAUAAGUCAUUAUUUAUCUAGUAAUGUCUAA